UAAAUCCUACAAACAUUCAUCGAUCACUUCACUUUAUAUAUUUGAGUUCUUCUAAAGAAAUGGGUGUUAAAUACGGAGGUGCAUUUCUUGUUGUGGUUGUUGUCGUUGUGGUUGCAACAACAUUGACAUUAGAUGUUGUUUCAGCAAACAAAGAGUGGAGCACCGUAGCUGGAAACUGGAACAAGAGGCCACACCCUAAUGGAACCGAGGCUGCCCCCAAGAAAUUCACGGUAGGCGGAGAUCAAAACUGGCGUUUCGGGUUUAACUACACUAGUUGGGCCAUCAAUAACGCCCCCUUCUUCUUAAACGACACCUUAGUGUUCAAGUACGAUCCACCAAACGACACCACAUUUCCUCACAGUGUUUACCUGCUGCCGGAUUACCGGAGCUUCCAAAACUGUGAUCUGAGAAGAGCUAGGAAGAUCGGGGACCUGAGUGCAGGCGGUGGCGAUGGCUUCGAGUUCGUGUUGAAGAGGUGGCAGCCUUACUAUUUUGCAUGCGGCGAGCACGACGGCAUCCACUGCAAAGAUGGCCUCAUGAAAUUCACAAUCUGGCCCUUGAUCCGUUGGUUCUAUUGAACAAACACUACUUAUUUUCAUUCGUAUUUGAAUUAAAGAGAAUACUUUUGUUGUUUUUUGGUUUGUUUUCGUGUGAUUUUGUUAUUCAUUUCAUGAAGCAAUAUUUGUAACAAUAGAUUUGAGUUGUUGUUGAGUUUGUAUUCAUCACUUUGAAUUUCAAUAAAGUAAUG